CAGCUCUCUGGAUAACUUUCCUUGGAUGGGGCUGAGCUGCAGUUUCUGACGUAUGUUGUACUGUGGAGCUGUAACUGGUUCGUAACUGUGUUGAGUGACUGCCCCUCCUCACACAUACUGAGCUGAGUCUCCAACCCAGAAAGCAGCUUCAGUCUGACCCACACUCCAUCUUAGUACUUUGCUACUCUAUAAGAGAGAAGGGCUUACAGAAGCUCACCUCCAUGGGCAUAGGGGAUUAUGUUUGCAUCACAAUUGAUGGCGGUCCACCCUGGGGAUUCAGAUUGCAAGGUGGCAAAGAGCACAAGCAGCCUUUACAGAUUUCAAAGGUGCGGAAAAAAAGCAAAGCCUGCAAUUCUGGAUUGUGUGAAGGAGAUGAACUCAUUUCAAUCAACAGUAAGUCUUGUUCAGAAUUAACCCAUUCAGAAGCCAUGCAGCUGAUCGAUGGGGCAAGUGAUACCCUGCAAAUUCUCAUUAAAAGAUCCAUCAGUGAGAAAGCUGAUGAGCCACAGUAUACAGUAAAUGAAGAAACAAGAAGCAGAGAAACCGUAGAAACGACACUACAAAUCGCCGGAAGGAAAGCAUCAGCCAAGCAGAACCUUCCUUUUGAGCUUUACAUCUCUGAGUCUCAGGACGAGGCUUACUAUGGAGAGACAGAAAGUGACACAGAUGUUUCGGGGAAAAGAGAAGAGAGACAGAGCAGCUCAAGGUUGUUAUUAAAAGAAUGUGGCAGCCCUGGGGAAUUGCUAUUGCAAGGUACCUGCCGUACGGAGCAGAGAAGAAACCAGCACUCAGGCAUGGUGGAAUUCCAAGUGUCUAUUGCUCAAGGGAUGGAUGGUGGUCCAGAGACAUCUGCUGUCACUGUCACUGGUUUGGAUAAAAUCAAUUCUGCAACCGUGGAUGAAAAUCUGCUGCAAAAAGAUAACAAGAAUAAUGAAUUAGCUGCAUCAGAGACAGAUGAAAAUGCAGCAGUCCAGAUAGCCUCUGCUACCAAGCUACUCCAGAGCAAGAUUGAUAAAAAGGUCAAGCUGGUUGAUAGUGAGGUUCAAAUGGAUUCCUAUCAGUCCAGGAUGGAUCUGUUUCUGGAUUCCUCUGACAGAGAAUACAGUGGAAAGGAGGCCUCCACGUCUGAAGUUGGCAGUGGCUGUGCUGACUCUCAGGCUGAAGAGGGAUGGUCAAAAACUGAUAGCACGCCUCCUUUCCCUAUUGGAAUUUCAUCAGAGGGAACAGAGCACGGGUCAGAAGGGACACACUCAGGAAAGGAUUUGGCAAGAACCCACAAACACCGUGCAAGGCAAGCCAAAAUUCGUCGGAGUGAAAGUCUGUCAGAAAAACAGGUUAAAGAAGCCAAGUCAAAGUGUAAAAGCAUUGCCUUGCUCUUGACGGCAACUCCAACACCCAGCUCCAAGGGGGCGUUAAUGUUUAAGAAGCGUCGCCAGAGAGCAAAGAAAUAUACUUUGGUGAGCUACGGGACUGGAGAGUUCGAUCCCGACGACGAUCAAGAGGACUCCAUAGAAUUCACUUUGAUACCAACCAGUGACUCUGAUCUUGACGAGGACUUUUGUGCCGAUGUCAACUCAGCCCAGGUUGUGACAUUUGAUUGGGACAUAGGCCUUGUGGAAGUUGAGAAGAAGGAGAAGAGUGAGAAGGAAAUGCAAAGGUUGCCAGAUACCAAGGGCAAAGGUGCCCUACUGUUUGCCAAGAGGAGACAGAGGAUUGAUCAGUACACAGCCGAACAAGAAGAAAUGAAGAGAGCAGGGGCAUCUGAAGUUGCCUCCGCUCAAUGUAUCACAGCAGAAAAUUAUUACCAAACCAGUAAAAGCAGUGUUAACAAUUCAACAUUCACAAUUCAAAAUCAUACCUCAGAAAAUUAUGUUGAUGUGAGUAAGUUCCAUGGAAUUGAUAAUGUCAAAGGAGUCAGAGGAAGAUCCAAAAUGGUUCACCAGAAUGUGAAGGCCCCUGAAGACAACAGAGCAGGGGCGACAAACAGAACAGCUACUCCAUUCCCCGGUGUGUCGAAUCGAGCUGCAGCUCCUUUCUCUCCUACGAGAAGGGCAAUGAGCUCCAUGUCAGAUUUACCUCCCCCACCCAGCUAUUCUUCCAUCAACCAGCCACCAGCUGACAACAUCUACCACGCUACCUCUCCUCCUUUGGUUACCAAUGCUCAACCCGCCAUUUGGGCUCCAACAGGAAUUGCUGGAGAGCAAAUAGCAUCAAGAGAUGAGCGGAUCUGCGUGCCUGCGAUAAGAACAGGAAUCCUACAAGACGCCAGAAAACGGAACACCGCUAAGCCAAUGUUCACUUUUAUUGACCGUCCUAAGGUAGCUCCAAAUCCAGAACUGCUUUCCAUGGUCAAAGGUAAGACAGACAAACGUAAAGGAAUAGAUCAGCCUGGUGGAGGUUUUGAGUCAGGACCUGAAGAAGAUUACCUUAGUUUAGGUGCAGAAGCAUCAAAUUUUUUACAGACCCCUGCUCUAAAGCAGAAGACACCUCCGCCAGUCGCACCAAAACCAACUGUUAAGAGCCCUCCCUCUGGGGCUAUCCCAAUGUUACCGCCGUUACCAUCUACAGAAGCAACCCAUGAUCAAGCUCCAGACAAACCUUCCGAAAGCACUAAUCAGACGGCAGUAAUGUUUCAUUUGGUUCAACCUGUUAAUACCUGCUACCAGCCCCAAGGUGUUACUAACCAGUUUACAUCUUCAGCAAGAUCCCGAUCAGUAGCAUCAGCACAUUCAUAUGCUUCAAAAACACAUCUCACUACUCCCAUAGCAAAUUCUGCAGCAGCUGGUGGUAUGGGUCCAGCCUAUGAAAUGCCAGCUUUGAAAGGUAAAGGAGCACAGUUAUUUGCAAGAAGGCAGUCUCGAAUGGAGAAAUUCAUAGUAGACUCAUCAACGGUCAAGGCCAGACAAGCACGAGCAGCAUCCCCUACCCCUUCCAUGCCGGCAUCUUGGAAGUAUUCAUCUAAUAUAAGAGCACCUCCCCCUUUGGCUUACAAUCCUAUUCACACUCCAUCUUAUCCUCCUGGUAUUUUGAAAGCACAAACACAAUCUGCAUCUUCAUCUAAGUCAAAUAAAGGUGCUAAGGGUAAACCUGCCAAAAAACCUCUCAAUGCUUUGGAUGUCAUGAAGCACCAGCCGUAUCAAAUUAGUGCAUCUUUGUUCACUUUUUCCUCCACUCCUGAUGCUAAAGCACCGCUAUCCACAAGCUUACCACCUCCUAUGCAAUCUGUAAAGCCUGAUCCUGUUCCACUUCAACCAGUUAAUGCUACAUAUCCUGUUUCUAAGAGUGUCUCAUCUGUGCCAACAGGACCGUCUAUCAACCAAGCUAAUACAGCAUCUGCUGAUGAAGAGUAUACCCAUUCUUCUGGGAGGAAUGUCUUUGUGCCUCCAGGUUAUACAUCAUACGCAAAGCAAGAGUCCUCAGCUCUCUCAGUUGCAAUGGCACCGAGGCCCAAGUUUUCGGCAAGGAAAACUGGAGUUACAGCACAGAUGCAGGCACGUGAUUUCAGACCUAUCAAAGCACCAGAAAAGCUAUGUUCUGGAGCACAAGCAAUGCGAAAAUCAGCAACUAAUAUACCGGACACAUCUUUUAAGAAAGUGACCCCAUGGGAUGCUGCAUCACAGUCUGUGGUUGGUUCAGUGGAGGAGGCGUUUUCCAAGAGAAACAUCCAGUCAUCGAUAGCAAAGAAUAUUGUUUCAGCAGCACGUCGAAAAACAUUACCUGAACCUCCAGAAGAAUGGAAAGCUCGAGUGGCAUAUGUCCCACCACUUCCAAGCAGUUACUCAUCUUUAUCCACUUUCAAUGUCAGAAGACCCUCUAGCAUAACUUCCUCCCUGAAAUCUUCAUCCACUCCAGUGCCCAACAUUCAUGGCAGUUCAAUGCACCAACAACCAUUAAGUUACCAACAAUCUCUAACUGACUCUGACAUGUCCACUGGGGCAUACUCUGAUUAUGAAUCUUCAAGCAAGCAGGUAGCUGGUUCAAAUUAUAACCCCUAUCCCCGAGGCUGGAAAAAACAAAGAUGAAAUGGUUGACGGAUUUUUUCAUGAUGAAGAUUACAACAUGACUUGUAGAUACAGAAAGAAUAAACCCAAAAUUAAAAACAGAAUGAAAUGAGAAGUGAAAUAUUGGUAGACAAAAGAGUAGAAUUUUCCUUGUGGAUAUUACUUUCAGUGUUGUGAUCAGUAGCAAAUUAAGUGUUUUAAUGCAUGCAUUUCAACCAGUUGCCCAGACACAUAUUGUUGCACAUUAUUCAUGAAUGAUCAUGUUGGAUGAUUAGCCAUGAUCAUAUUGAAUGGCAGUGCAGGUUCGAAGGGCCGAAUGGCCUACUCCUGCACCUAUUUUCUAUGUUCUAUGUUUCUAUGAAUGAAGAAUGUUGCACUAAACAAAAUGUAUCUGCAUAAGAAAUAGAGUAUGAGAUUAAGCUCUUAGUAUGAGAUCUAUGCACUGCAACAUUAACCAUGGUAUUAUCUUCAUUAAGAAAACCAACUGCCAUAGAUCCGACAGGGAAAAUAGGUGAACUGAAUAAGGCCGAAACAACCUUAACCUAUUCUAAUUUUUAUGCCUUUUAAUUGUACACUCCUCAGUUCACAUUGGAAAAUUCACAGCAUUAGGGAAUUAUGAAGGCACUAUAACGUAUACAUAGAUCUAGCUCUCUUGGUAAAGUCCUACAAUUGACCUGAAGGAUUACAAUUAUAUUAUAUGAUAUAGAAACCUACUGAAGUUAGUGGGUUAAGGACACAAAAGUUGGGAAAGUGUUUGUGGCUUGGAACACCAACUAACAAUUCUUAUUUAGAAUUGUUUGUCUACUAUUUCCAUCCCAGAUGAGGCGACCUCUAUCCAUUGCAACAUGAGAAAGGAAAUCAAGUGAGCUCUUGCCCUCUCAGAGAGAAGGUGAGAAGGUGUGAUGUGGUAAGAAAGCAAUGCUCACUAUUUUUUUAGUUCUUGGGAAAAGCGCAUAAUUAUACAGAUACAUCAUGGAUGUAGCAAUUUGUAAAUGAUAGCAGUUUCUGAGGACAUUUUUUAGAGAAUGAAUAAACAGAACACAGUGCCAAUUAGAUGGUAUAGAUACAUGAGAUUUAAUCUACUGGGCAAACAGAAAUGCUGAGUUUUUCUGGUUUAGAUAUAAAUCAUUCUUGGAAUCAUGUUAGUUAAAAUAAGAAACAAACUUAGCUUAUUAUGUUGGCCACAAGCUAUAAUGUAUGGUAUUGGCUAGAAAAAAUAUUAGGAACAUUAUAUAUAUUUACAUCUUUCUGCUAUUAAAUCUAUUCUGUUACAAUACAUAAUAAAGUGUAUUGUGGAGAGUCGUAGGAAAGUCCUAUAGUAAUAGUUGCUUGACUAGAAGGUAAUAUUUUAUCAUGUCCCACAAACAUGCAUUUUCCUUUAAAUUUAGUUAACUAUUAUUCUGAAACAGAACUAAAUGUGAAUACACAAAUGUAAUUAGACUUUUGUACAGUGUAAUGGUAGGAAAUCUGAGAAUGAUGUUGUAAGCAUUGGCAAUAUUAGAUUUAGAACAGCUUUGGAAGUGAAUAAGGGGUAAGCCAUUUGGAACGGAGAUGAGGAAACACUUUUUCUCACAGAGUUGUGUGUGGAAUUCUCUGCCUCAGAGGGCAGUGGAGGCAGGUUCUCUGGAUGCUUUCAAGAGAGAGCUGGAUAGAGCUCUUAAAGAUAGCGGAGUCAGGGGAUAAGGGGAAAAGGCAGGAACGAGGUACUGAUUGGGGAUGAUCAGCCAUGAUCACAUUGAAUGGCGGUGCUGGCUCGAAGGGCCGAAUGGCCUACUCUUGCACCGAUUGUCUAUUGUCUAUUGAAUGAUAUGUAUGUGUAAUGUGUUUUGAGAUGGGCGGUCAGAGUAAAGGUGAUGAAUCCAGUUUUGUAAAAGAUAAAUUAAGCUGUGCUUAAGGUUCUGCACAUCCAAAAUAUACCAUUGGUCAAUCAACCUGCAGUACAAGAAAAAUCCACGUGCACCUCACUGUUUCACGAGUUGUUGACAUAAAUUCUAGUGCACCCCAUCAACAAAAGUCUAUUUUUAGGUAAUGUUAAGCAUCCUGAAUUUUUCAGUAUUUUCUGCUUUUGUUUUACAUAAAAAUAAAUUACAGAAUUCAGUUGAGAAAUCUAUUAUUGUGUCUUAUCUUUUUGUACAUUGCUUUGGUCUCUCAGCAUUACAUGUGUAAAGUUUAUGUUAAAUAUUAGGGCUUCAAAACUGCUUAAAAAUAAUUCAGAACAAUACAAAUGUGAUCUAUUUGCCCAUCACUUGUGCAAUUCUCCAUAUUCUCUAUAUUCCUCCUUUUCUUGAAAACAAUGGAAAUAAUGACAGACACAUGAAACAUGUAUAAUCAAGUCCUUCACAUAUCUGCUCUGUUACAUUUAUUUUUGUUUUCAGCUUAAUGCCAUGACAUAGGAAUGUUGAAGAGAUAUUACAUAGAAAAUAGGUGCAGGAGGAGGCCAUUCGGCCCCGAGCCAGCACCGCCAUUCAUUGUGAUCAUGGCUGAUUGUCCCCUAUCAAUAACCCGCCCCUGCCUUCGCCCCACAUCCCUCGACUCCACUAGCCUCUAGAGCUGUAUCUAACUCUCUCUUAAAUCCAUCCAGUGACUUGGCCUCCACUGCCCUCUGGGGCAGGGAAUUCCAUAAAUUCACAACUCUCUGGGCGAAAACGUUUUUUCUCGCCUCAGUUCUAAAUGACCUCCCCUUUAUUCUAAGACUGUGGCCCCUGGUUCUGAACUCGUCCAACAUUAGGAACAUUUUUCCAGCAUCUAGAUAUAGUCCAGUCCAGUCCAUUCCUUUUAUAAUUUUAUAUGUUUCUAUAAGAUCCCCCUCAUCCUUCUAAACUCCAGUGAAAGCAAGCCUAGUCUUUUCAAUCUUUCCUCGUAUGACAGUCCCGCCAUCCCAAGAAUCAAUCUCGUGAACCUACGCUGCACUGCCUCAAUCACAAGGAUGUCCUUCCUCAAAUUAGGAGACCAAAACUGUACACAAUACUCCAGAUGUGGUCUCACCAGAGCCCUAUACAACUGCAGAAGAACCUAUUUACUCCUAUACUGAAAUCCUCUUGUUAUGAAGGCCAACAAUCCAUUAGCUUUCUUCACUGCCUGCUGUACCUGUAAGCCAACUUUCAGUGACCGGUGUACAAGGACGCCCAGGUCUCGCUGCACCUCUCCCUUACCUAACCUAACCCCAUUGAGAUAAUAAUCUGCCCCCUUGUUUUGUCGCCAAAGUGGAUAACCUCACAUUUAUCUAUAUUAUACUGCAUCUGCCAUGCAUCUGCCCACUCACUCAACCUGUCCAGGUCAUCCUGCAACCUCCUAACAUCCUCUUCACAGUUCACACUGCCGCCCAGCUUUGUGUCAUCCGCAAACUUGCAAUCCGCAAAUAUUGUGCGUAAACAUACAACCAUCAGGUAAUUAAGAAAAAAAAUAGUUUCUUGUGUCUUUAUAUUUACCAUAUUUUGUGCACUUGUAUUGUUAUUCUUAUGUAAUCUAUGGCACAGUUUAAAUUCAGUCAAUGUUUUACUUUAUUAUAAUGCUUAUAUUACUGCAUAUGUCUCAGAUCUAGUUAUGCACUGAAACUUAUCAUACAUGGCAUGUCACAAUUUUAAAAGCCAAGUUUGCAGAAAUAUUUGUAUUUUAUUGCAAUUUUGUCAAUUAUUUUGCUGAUUCAAAAAAUGGUACAAAAUGUUCCAGAGCAUUUAUUUGACUUGCACAAUUGACUUUAAAAAAACCCUGUACUACUACAAAACGCUUCAAAAUAAAACAUCUUGUUACCAUAUCAUUAUUGAAACUUUUUUCAUAAACAAAAAGGAAUGUGAUUUUAAUUCUGCAAUAUCACAAAAUGUCAAAAGUUCAUAAAAAUUCAAAUACACUUUCACUUUAUAAA